AGUCACAUGCCUCGUUCUAGUAGUUAAUCUGAAAUAUGAAUAAACCGGAAGCUUUGUAGUCUUAUGCCUCGUUUUAGUAGUUAAUUGGAAAAAAAAUUGUCUGCCAGCAGUCCAGUACAAUACAAGUUCGUAGUCUCUCUCAAUACAGACAAGCGAGUUUUAUGCUGAUUCCCGUUCCGAGCGAGGAUUUAUCGACCUGACCGCGUGGAAUGUCAGUCGUAGGUGAGCCUGACGCACUGCGCCACGCGAGCCUUCUGCGCAUAUAUAUAUAUCGUGGGUACUUCCUACUUACCUGAGACACACACGCUGACUCACUCAUUUGACCUGCGUCCUUGAACUUGAAAGUGUAUCCGGUACGAAAUUAGUGACUCAGGUCUCGCAACGACGUGACUGCCACUCCCUUUUCUAUCAAAUUUAUUAACCUGCCAACAGGUCUUUUCUUCUUUUCCAUUUCUGUUCAUAAAAUUUAACUAAUUUUACAAAAAUAAAUAUUUCGAUUUUUUUUUACCCAGAAGUAAACUCUCAACUACACUAAAGGUUUCCUAAUGGCCAAUUUUCUACGAAAAAAAGUGUUAGUCCCGUUUCCAGUAACGUCCAUGUGAAUCCGGAAGAAAUUCCCCGGUCAGGUCAGUGACCUGAAGUCGCGAGAAUGUGUCAGCAGUGUAAUGUUUCAGAAAGACUGCGAGAAUGUGUGAGAAACCUGCUGAAUCAUGAUCACAGAGCAGUUAUCAUCUGCACCUUCCAUUUUACUUUUGUGCUUAAGCCUUUUUCUUUUAUCUCUUAUCAAGACACAAUUUUUUGUCCAAUUUACGGCCGUAAAAAUUUUAAUCCUGGUAGAUUUAAUGUUACCUAUUUUCCUUUGCAUUUGUGUUUAGUGACUUUCCGUUUUAUUGUCAUUGCUAUCCUUUCCCAUCUGGCUCUGGCGUCCCAGUUCUACAUUUUCGGAAAAAUCCGAUUAUCUAGGCCUAGUAGACCUGUCGUUAGACGUUGCGAAAAAUCGUACAGGGAAGAAGAUUGCGCAUUUACUAUUAACCUUUUCUACACAUACAAAAUCGGUCAGAUUAAAAUUUCAAAAAGUUAAUUUUUAAAAUAUUUACAAGGUGUGAUUUUUAGGAACUAUAGUUCUUAUAUUCGUGUACUAAAUUUAGAUGAAAGACAGUAACUGUAUGUAAAAUAGAGCUCAUUUAAUGGAAGUAGGUCAUGAAGUAGAAACUGAGAAAAAAAAAUCAAUAAAUACAAACAUAAAGCGCCAACCAAUCAAAUAACUUAUUAGAAUAGAUACUAAACCUAAACUAUUACCAAUUUUCAUAUUGUCAUUUCGGUUGUUGGAGUGCAAAUCAAUGUCAAACUGAGAAACGGGCAACUGUGUCAAAUAUGACGCUUGAUCAACAAAUUGCCUACUAUAGUAUAAAACAAUAUACCUCACUGGUUGAUAUUUCCGCUCCCUGUUUGAAGUAAUGGUAGAUUACUCUGCUUAGCUACGAAGAAGUGGACAGAUGGACAAUUGUUUGAGUUCUUUGUAAAACACUUGACAGUAUGAGCGUACAUAACGUGUGUGUAUAUUGUUCUUUGUGUAUGAGUGUAUAUUGCAGAAGUGAGCGUAUCUGUUAUAUAUGAAUAUAAGUGCAUGGUUGUUGGUGAUUUAGUCUAUGUAUGAUUUUUGUAAAGCGCUAUAACCAAUUUUUUGGAAAGGCACUAUAUCAAUCCAUUUUAUUACUAUUAUUAUUCAAACGCCAAAGCUGCAUAAAGAUUAAUUUAAAAGUAAUAUAUAAUUUUGAAAGUAUGAACUGAAACGUGUUUGUACAUACAGCCGUUAUUGAUAUCUCAAGAUGGUGGUAUAGAUCUUGCUGAACUUUUAAGUAUCUGUUUUCUGAUGUACACAAUACUGUUCAUGUUUGCUCACUCAAAUAGAAACCUCCAGCAUGAAAUCUAAAAGCGUUUUUUAUUUUUUAUUCAAGAAAUAGAUAAUCAUAAAAAUCAACGCACCUGAUAUCCAAUCUUCAUAGGUCAUGGAUUCACAAACAAUACACUUAUUGACAACUUCUGCAGUUUUCAUAAUAUUACAAGAAAUCACAUGAAACCCACCUUGCAGCUUCAACCUAAAGUAGAGUAGGCGAAAUAAGUAAGAAAAAAACCCAAACUUGACACAUGUUGGGUGAUUGAGACAUUUUAAAGUUUAUUCCAUCAGAGGAUGAAAAUGGUAAUGAAUCCUCAUAACAACCCGUAUCUCUAGAGAUUAAGCAACAAUAUAAAGCUCAGUGUUACGACUGGGAUGUGCAGUGAACUUGACCAUGCACAAGCGGUAAAAAGUCUUCAUAAUUCACCAGUGUUCAGAUACAACAGCCAAGUACUUUCUUUUAUUUUAACACUCAAAUUUCUAGACUUAUUUCUGAUUUCAAGUUUUUAUGGUACCAAAUUGAUAUUUUCAUGACGAGGAUAUAAUCAGGCUUUGAUUCAACUUCGUGAACUUACGACGUGUAUAAAAGUAUAUUUCAGAAGAAUGAGUCCAUUACAAGCUUAAGUUUAUGUACGAACAAGCUGACAUAGUGUACAGUUCUUUUUUAUCUUUGUAAACAUAUCUUUAUCGAACCUUUACAUUAAAAUGCAUAUCUGAAGAUGGAAGAGAAUGCAAAAUCCUUGGUCCAAUGCCAGUGAAAAAAGAAGCUGAUGGGCGGAAGUUCUCAGAUCUUGAGUAAUUUAUCGUAGUGUACCAUCGUGAACACGUGAAGACUGUCAGGAUGCCAACUUUAAAUAGCACAAGGGAGACGAACGAAGCAUUAACAACCCAGAAGAUUCUUCUCUUCUCCUUUCAUAAUAUGUGGACGCCAUUUUAGCCGGUUCUUCAGACGUCGGUAAAAUGGUAUUUAUUAUAUUUAUCGAGUUACAACAAAUCCAGCUUAAGAGACAGCUUAAGAUAAAACAAAAUAUGCUGCGUUAUGAGCAUAUAUUUUUCUUUUGCUACAUUAGAGUUUUAUUCCUUUAAUAUAAUACCUGUUAAAAUUGGAAUUUUGAAUUGAUAUUGAAGAGAUUCGUUUGUUGUACGCAUGUAGAGCGAACAUAAAACAGGUUACAGAAAAGACAGGACUUUUCUUAAACUGUAGCAAAUUUGACAUUAUUGGUGUAGCUGUACACUUUCCAGGGUUGUAGUUCACUGCUCUGUAGGCAGAGCAGUAAACAUGAUGCAAAAAUACUCUUAAUACACGUUUGCUUCAUAAAUGUUAUUCCCAAUUGUUAUUUCUGGUACCUGAAUAUUAUUUGCAUAUUUUUACAUAUUGUAUUUUUGUCUGGUAGGAUAAAGAAGCUACAGAGGAGAGCAUGUUUGUUUUGUCUGGUCAUCCCAAGUCUGCUUUAAUACCUGAGACAAGGAAAGCUAUGUCACUACCAUAAAAAUGCUAAACCUAAGGAGAGACAUGAACUUUUGUUUCUCUCAACCGAGGGCGCGUCCAUUUCAUGCAGCAGUUGUGUUUAUCGUCAGACUUUGGAUUUUAUGCAGGACUGGAGUGUCGGCGCAAGAUGUUACAUGUGACAUCCCUUCAACUAAUCCAACUGGAAAAACUUCGCUAACAUGCCAGUUUCCCGAGGAUGUUAGUCAGACAAGAAAUGAUUUUAGUGUCUAUCUGUACAAAGAAGAAGGAAGCCAUGAUGCAGUCGACGUGUUGGAUUGCUGGUGGCUGUCAGGAAAAAUGGAAUGUUUUGUGCUGCCAGGAUACAAGUAUAACAUGAUGAUAUCUGAUAAACUUACUCUGGAAAUUCCACAAGCUAGUUCUGAACAAGUUGGAAUAUAUACAUGCCGCCUUGGAAACGUGGCUUCCAAGUAUAGUAAGCCCUGUGAGUUCAGGAUUAAAUUAGAUGAGAGAACAAUGUGUGAUAUUCGUUCAGCAGGGGAAAAAUCAGACAGGUCACUAACAUGCUACUUCCCUGUGGACAUCAAUAAGACCAGAGCUGACUUUACUGUUCACCACUAUUCCGCUCAUGGUGUUGAAGAUACUGUGGUCUCUUGUAAAUGGAGAGGAGACAUUCCGAGUUGUACAACGAUCCGCGGCUACAAGUUUGACAGAAGUGUGUCAGAUCAUCUUACUAUUAUAAUCCCCAGCGCCUCUGAGGACCAUGAAGGGACGUAUAGUUGUCAUACUGCGGGUCCUGGAACUGUCAGCUUUGACAACUGUACCCUUACCCUGGAAGAAGAAACAACUUCUUCUUGUGACAUUUCAAGUGUUGCAGAGAUGGAACCGACAGAGCUAAUAUGCAUAUUUAGUCUUGAUGUUAGAGUCACUAAGAGGAACUUUAGAGUUCUUCAUCAUGAUGGUAAUGGCAACAAAGGUGCAAGUGUGGUGACCUGUUUAUGGGUGAAAGAUGAAUUUGUUUGCGCCACGGUUCCUGGGUAUGAGUUCAACAAAACCGUUACUGAUCACCUCGUCGUCCGACUUCCUCGAGCGUCACGGAAACACAGCGGAAACUAUAGUUGUCAAGUUCUGGGCUCUAACAUCGAGGGCUUUCAAACGUGUGAAUUUUUUGUCACACCUGAUGGAUUUACAGAGGAAGCUAACUCCAGCCCCUUGCAUCUAACUACGACCCUCAGUGGCAUCGUGUUGAUGUUGAUUCCGGUGACUCUUAUCAUGAUAAUUGUGGUUCAAAAACGAAAAUCGUUGAAAAAGAAACCCGAGGUUCCUUUUGAGGGAACAGCAAUGCUAACAGAAGAGGGUCGCGAAGAAGCUUGUACACAGACCGGAGGAGCAGUAGAAAGUGAAACUAAAGAUGACGCUUGCGACAUUUGCCUGCACCUUAUUUCAUCACCACAAGCUGCUUUACUUGGAAGUCAGCUUUUUCUAGACUCUUUGAAACAGAAGACAGGGGCCGAUGUACAAUUUGACGAUGAUCUAUUUGAUGUCAGAGGCAUGCCAAGUGUCACCAUCCGUGGCUCUCGAUCCAAAAUAGAGGAAACACUCAAGCUCAUUAGCAAGGAAAACAUCUUAACACAAGUCGAGACAUUCUGGCUCCAGUGGGUUGAGGCCGCGUUCCCUGACCUCGACUCACGCGCCUACUUCCUGCCUCCUGUCUACGUCAACCGCGUGCCGAUGACUAGACAGGAUGUUAGGAUCAUUCAGUCAGCACCUGAAAAGGUUUCUCAGUUCAAACGAACGGGAAUGGCUUCUUUUACUGAUACGGUGCCCAGUUCUCAAAGUCGCUUUUACGACAAUGAUGUUAGAAUUGAUGCAGCCUUGCAGCGGGUGCUCGUCUCUUUACUAAAAAUGUUCGAGGAGAAUAGAGAAGCUUUGGUUGGACUGAGCAAACUUCUGAGUGAGCAUUGGUACGCCACCGAAGUCGAUCAACUACCUUUUCCUAACAGUCUCUAUCAUGCUCUGCUAUGGACCUGGAGAAGAGGAAUGUUUGAUGUGAUUCUCAUUCACCGACAUUACGGAUUAAUCAUCUGUAAAGUAAAAGCUUUUGGUGAGAAUAUAAAGGAAAUGAAGACGCCACAGAAGUGUGUAGACUACAACAUUAGAAAGAAACUAACCCAUGCCGUGUCACAGCUGGACAAGGCGGAGGCCAUGUUGUCUCACCUGGUGUCCGACAUCGCUCCCGGUCUGCGCAUCACUAAGACCAUCGCUUUCCCCAACCUCACGACUCGUCAACUACAACACGCCAUCUCCGGCGAUUCACAGCUGAUUGAGGAUCUGUGUCGAUGUCUGAGAACAUCAAACCCCGCCGACAUCCCAGGUCUGUGUCUGUGCUGUGAUCAGUUGUCUGACCCCAAGACCCCGUGUGACGUCAGUAGUCACGUGCUGAGGGAACUCGGACACUGGUGGCAGCGACGUGUGGCUGGGGUUGGACCUGACAGUCACAUGACCUUUGACCUGUACAAGACACUGGUAGCGAGGUGUUCACUCUCAUUCAACUUUCUAUUUGAUACAAAAAUGAGUCGAUGACUGAAAACGAAAGCAUGGUAUUUCUUGUUAAUAGAAGACAAAGUCAGGAUUUGACUUAUUCUUACAAACAAUAACUUCUGAUUAUCGGCUUCUUAGCUGCGGCUUAGGUAAAAAGUGAAACUUCCUUCCCUAUGUUAUAUCUGUCACUUACCCGCCAUUAAGUUGUGACUGAUUGCUUGCGACCUUUAGUUGACUCUGGGUAGCAAUUUUAACACAGAGUUUGAAUGUAGAAGACUUUGAUGUCUAAAUUAAAUGUACCACCACACACGUAUAUUUAAAUGUAAAUACUUAAAUAUAAGUAAAUGUACUAUAGAACAUGUAAAAAAAGAGAACGCAGAACCAUCCUAGGCGAAUGUAUCCUUUGCUUUAUGGUAUGGUUUGUUUGUUCUCUGGAUGCUUACUUCUUCAAGUGUAUUACAUAUUAUAUUACAGUUUAAAAGAUAAGUUGCAUUUUCGUUAAAAGUCAAAGGUGUAAUCAUCUCUAUGAAAGUAAUUAAAAGAAGUUUGAUAAGGCACGGAGUAUCUGGCCCUAUAAAAAGUCAUAUUUACAAUUAUUGAUACAGACGAUCCUUUUUUCUUGAAAAAGUGAUAGACAUGCUUCUUGAUAAGUGAUGAAUACUUUAAAGUUUCUUGGUAAGUUCUAUAGUUGUUUUCUAAUAAGUUAUACAGAUUUUUUAUGGUAAACCUCACUUCUUUUUUUGUUAAGUAGAUUUAUAACAUUCAUUUUUUGUUAUCAGCGAUUAAGAUGUUUCUUGAAAUGUAUCUUCCUCUCGUUUUAUAAAAGCAAAAGGUAUUGCCGAAAGAUGUCAGAUGCUAUCAUUAAUAAAUUCUUGAUAAAUAACUUUGUAAUCCCAGACAAAGACAACUGUAUGUCUGUGCAACAAAUUUGUUUAAACCAGAUUUCUCUUAAUGUCAGAACGUGAAUCUAGUAACCGUCGCCUGUUGUAGUCUAAUGUCUCUUUCUUACACACACAGCGAUGACACGGUUGUAUUUUCCAUGAGUGACUGGUUUUAGGGUUCCACGUUGCUUCAAGCUUUCUUUCUCAUGUAUAUUUUACACACAUACACACGUAUACAUUUAUUUGAAAAAUAAAAUUGCAAUCUAAAGUACUAAAGACUGGGAAAGGCAGUUGCUUACCAAAAGGUAGAGAACAUGGGGUACUUCUUUGACUAUUACGUUUCAGUUUGCUGGAGCAGGUAAUUAGCAAGAGAUGAUUCUCAAAAACAACUUGCUGGUUGGUCGGCUGUGCAUCUGUCUCGUGCUGAAAACAUUAUGUGACCACGAACUCCAGCUUAUCUAUAUAUAGGAAAACAUGCAUUUGUACUUGAUACGUUUCCUUGACAUUGAUAUUAUAAGGUGCGUAACCUGUGGAUUUAAGCUCGCAGCCAUCUUUUUUUACUAAAAAUGACUACAAUUUUUUUUUCUGAGCAAUAGAAUGAUGAGUUCAUACAAAUGCUGUCAAUAAAGGUAAACCUUUAAGAUCUACCUGAAUGUUGACAUGGAAGAAGUUUCUGACAUAGGAAGGAGAUCUGUCAAUCAGAAAGCCUGUAUUCUAUCAUGUACAAAUUUUAAACCUGUAAAGUCAAGAUAUAAUAAUAAGAUAAUACCUUACUUCAAAGUUAUGAUAAUAUUAAUGUUGUAUACAAAUACGCAAUCUCAAAUAACAACACAUUUAACCAAUCGUUUUGAGAAUGGUGGUGAUUGGCUAUUCAAUUUUAUUUUCUUUGUAUUUUCCUUAUGUAAAAUAUUUUGAGGAGAUUUUUUGUCUAGGAGUGUCAAUACAAAUAUGGAUUUAGCACUGUGUCAAAGUGCUUGAGAAAUGGAUUGUAAGAAUCAGAAAUGAACACGUUUUGGAUUUGUGCAUACCUGUCGUUCCUGUCAGGUCAAUUUGAUGCCUCUAUAGUCUAUAGUAUAUCCAUAUGAACGUAAACAUGUGGUAUUAUAUAUAUUGCACUGGAAUUACGUAUUUUACAUCUCUUACAAUGGUGUUUCAUGGUGGCUAGUGGUGUUAUUUUACAUGAAGUCCGAGGCUGAUGUGAAGAAGCAAAAUAAAAUUUCUUACUUAAACUGUCCAAUGCAACUGAAAAUAUGAAUCAGCUGAGUUCGUGCUUGGCGAGAAUCGACGUCGGUGUGUAUGAGCAGACUUAACUGCUUACUUAGUUUUAGGGUCAAGACCUGUCGUCCUUGGUGGGGAUUCCCUUCCUUCAUUGAUUGUUUAGAGACAAACAGCAAAUCAACCAUUGCCUUCUUAAGAGCGCAUCGUUUUGUGUUUGUUUCCAUUCACUACUGAAACAAUUUCACAGAGAUUUGCCUGAGUGUGAAGAUGAAAGCAUUCAACAAAACUCUAACAAGGAAGAAAGAUCGCACGGCAAAUUGGAAAACCGUGCGAUUCGGCUUCUCAGUUGAAGAGCAUAGAGGCCCUGUUUGAGCCCAUAUUAAACACAGACUGAGAAGGAAAAAACUUAAAGUUUGGGGAAAAAGCUGGAAGUUGCAGCCUAUGCUCGUGAUGAGCAAAAAAAAAAAAAAAA